AUGUACAAGGCCGUCAUCCUUCCGACGCUGCUGUACGGAGCGGAAACCUGGACGGUGUACACAAAACAGGCACGCCGUCUGAACCACUUCCACCUCAGUUGUCUUCGUCGCAUCCUGAGGCUGAACUGGCAGGAUCGAAUCCCCGACACUGAUGUGCUGGAACGGACGGGAAUCCUCAGCAUCUACACCAUGCUGAGACAAAUGCAACUGCGCUGGAGCGGCCACCUGGUGCGCAUGGACGACGAACGACUACCCAAACGACUCUUCUACGGAGACGUCGCGACGGGUUCUCGCCGUCAAGGAGGCCAGAUUCGCCGUUACAGAGAUACCCUGAAGUCCUCCCUGAAGCAUCUACAAGUCAGCCCGACGAACUGGGAAGAGCUCGCACACGAUCGACCGACCUGGAGGAGGGCAGUGAAGACAGGCGCUGCGAUCUACAAAGCCAACCGCAUCGCUGCCACCAAAGUGAAACGCGAAGCCCGCAAAUCACAACUUCGUCCAGUACGCAACACCGCCGCACAACCGCUUCCAACGUGUCCUCGAUGUCAACGGACAUUCCGUGCUCGAAUCGGAUUUGUUGGACAUCUUCGGAUCAACUGCGCCUCUCGAAGUGCGUCAACCAUCGUCCCCCCGCCCGCCUCUUCCUCAUCCUCUCCGCCGCCAACUAACUCUGACAAUUCUUCUGAACCACCACUUCCAUCCUCCUCCUCCUCCACCACCACCACCACUGCCCCAACGGCGGCCGCUCAGGCGGCCGUCUCGCACAUCACCAACCCCGGCACAACAACCGACACCACCCCCACCUCCCCCGACUCCAGCGAUGAGGAUCAGGACUACACCUGCCCUCACUGUGACCGCACCUUCACCUCACACAUCGGCCUGGUCGGUCACUUGCGAAUCCAUCGCACAGAGACUGGCGAACCAGUGCCUGGAGCACCAACCUACACUCACCGCACUCGCCUCCACUGCCCACACUGCCCUCGCACCUUCACGCAUCGCAUGGGUCUAUUCGGCCACAUGCGCAUCCACAAUGACCUGCGGUAG